AGGAGCGAAGGUCGUUCGUGGCGGAUCGUCUAUAGCGGUUUUCAAGCAACAAAAAUUCACCACUUGCAAAAUAAGAAUCGAGUGUUAUUAUUAGUUAUAAAAAUACAAAUACAACUAAAAGCAUCAGCUGUGCUGUGGGAAAAGUUUAAAAUAAGAGCUAUGUGUACAAUAGCAGGCCCUUAAAUGAAUAAAUAAUAGUGCAUUUAAAAAUUGUGUAAAAUAAUUGUUGCGUGUGACUUUUUGUGCUUAGCUUUCGGAUAACGGCAGAGCAGCUAUUAUGCCAAACUAAUUACACUGCUGUAUUCGGCUUUUGUGAUUUGGUUUACACUUUCCGCGCCCUUUGACAUCGCCCCAUUUACAUACACUAAGUAUUUUCUAUGCCUACAUACAUAUGCACAUACAUAUAAGUACACAUGCAAUAGCCGGCUUUUUAAUGCAAUAUUCGUAUGUUUAAUUUUAUGAGCUAAGUAAAGCGUCUGUCCUACUGCUCAGCGUAAGACAUUGCGUUUUGUUUGCUUCCAAUAAGCAUUUAAACUCGUCGCGCUGCUUCAACUGUGACUUUGUCAAUAACGAUUUUUCUCAAAUCUCAGUAAAAGUGAAUGCAAGUAAUUAUAUUUACUCGAACGGCCAGUUUGCAUUGCAUGCGCCAGCAAUACGAGAUAAAAAAGAAAAACAUUAAAUUACAACAGCAGCAAUAAGAUGGCAAUGAUAAGUGCAGAGAUUCCGGUAACUCAUCUCAAUGGCGGCGCCACAUUCGGGGUUCCCACAAUGCUCUCCGAUAUUUCCGCACUGCCUUCGGUGCAAUUGGGUGACUUCACGCUCCAAUUCGAAUUGGGCGAACCUACAGAGCGUGCCAAGGAAGUGGCUAUAAAAGAAUUACGCGAAUCACCAGAAGUCAAAGCAGAGGCCGUAAAGGAAUUAAAGCGAUUAAUGGAAGCCGAGACAGAUUUGCUCUACCCAAAGGACAACGAUGAAUGGUUCGUACGCUUUUUGCGUCCAUGCAAAUUUUAUCCGGAGAGUGCGCGUGAUUUGAUCAAACGCUACUACUCCUUCAAACAGAAGCAUGCCAAUGUCUACGACGGUCUGGUGCCCAGCAAGGAAGCCAACAUUUUCCAAAACAACAUACUCACCGUUUUUCCGAAUCGUGAUCAAUGCGGUCGUCGUAUUUUGUUACUCGAGCUGGGCAAACGUUGGAAGCACAAGCAAGUCACGCUCGAUGAAGUUUUCAAAGGCGCUGUACUCUUCCUGGAGGCAGCCAUGCUAGAGCCGGAAACACAAAUCUGCGGCGCCAUUGUGAUAUUCGACAUGGACGGCCUGAGUCUACAACAGACCUGGCAAUUUACGCCACCAUUCGCAAAGCGUAUUGUCGAUUGGCUGCAAGACUCAGUGCCGCUGCGUGUCAAGGCCAUACACAUCGUGAAUCAACCGAAAAUUUUCAAUGUUGUCUUUGCGCUCUUCAAGCCAUUCUUACGUGAAAAAUUGCGUUCGCGCAUCUAUUUCCAUUCCACCGAUCGCGAAUCACUGCACAAACACAUUUCGCCCAAAUGCUUGCCUGCCACAUACGGUGGCGACUUGGAGUUGCAGCGCAUCGAUGGCGGCCAAUGGUAUGAGCUGCUGCUGCUGUGCGACAACGAGUAUGUGGCGAUAAACUCCUAUGGCUACAAGAAGAAGUGAGUGCGCCAGGGAGGGAUGGGUGAUUGCUUGGAAAGAAUAUAAGGAUUGAUUGAGCGAAUUUUGUAAAA